UGCAAUGGAACAAAUAUGGCUGCUGUUUCUGCUGAUAACCAAGGUGCUUUCUGGGACUGCCCAGUUCAACGGAUAUAACUGUGAUGCCAAUCUCCAUAGCAGAUUUCCUGCUGAAAGAGAUAUCAGUGUCUACUGCGGUGUGCAAGCCAUCACAAUGAAGAUUAAUUUUUGCACAGUUCUCUUUUCGGGUUAUUCUGAAACAGAUUUGGCGCUGAAUGGAAAACACGGGGAUUCCCACUGCAGGGGAUUUAUAAAUAACAAUACCUUUCCGGCCGUGGUCAUAUUUAUCAUCAAUCUCAGCACCUUGGAGGGCUGUGGAAACAACUUAGUGGUUUCUUCAGUUCCAGGACUCAGUGCCUAUGGAAACACAACAACAGUACAAAUAGGCAACAUUUCGGGAUAUAUUGACACCCCAGACCCACCUGCGAUCAUCAGCUACUUGCCUGGGCUUCUGUACAAAUUUAGCUGCAGCUAUCCAUUGGAAUACCUGGUCAACAAUACCCAGCUUGCUUCGUCUUCAGCGGCUAUAUCUGUGAGAGAGAACAACGGUACAUUUGUCAGUACUUUGAAUCUCCUGCUCUACAAUGAUUCAACCUACAGUCAGCAACUGAUUAUCCCCAGCACAGGAUUACCUUUGAAAACCAAAAUCUUUGCGGCAGUGAGAGCCACCAACUUGGAUGGCAGAUGGAAUGUGUUGAUGGAUUACUGUUACACCACCCCAUCCGGAAACCCCAACGAUGACAUCCGCUAUGACCUCUUCUUUAGCUGCAACAAGGACCCUCAGACGACCAUCAUCGAGAAUGGCAAGAGUCAACUAGGACGGUUUUCUUUCGAAGUCUUCCGCUUUGUGAAGCACAAAAACCAGAAAAUGUCCACCGUCUUCCUGCAUUGCGUGACCAAGCUUUGUCGAGCAGAUGACUGCCCCUUGCUCACUCCUAUCUGCAGUCACCGAGAAAGGAGAGAUGCGGUUAGGAAAACCACGUGGAGUCCCCAGAGUUCUUCGGGAAGUGCUGUCAUCUCUGCCGGACCCAUCAUCACUCGCAGUGAUGAGACACCCACCAACAAUUCACAGCUUGGCUCUGCAAACGGACCUCCUUUCCAACUGAAUCCUUUGACCAGUGCUCUGAUAUCAGGAAUAGUUAUUUUGGGAGUCCUGAGCUUUUCCCUUUUCAUUUACUCCCUGGCUCUCUUGCACAGGAAGGAUCCCACCAGGUUUGUGUUGGACGGUAUAAGAAACCCAGUUUUCGACUAACUGCCACGGUUACCUUGAGGUCUGGAGAUUGCCUUGCUUGUCCAUGACAUGAGCGCUUCCACGCCAAGGCAGGGUUCGGUCGGAAUCGAAUGUCCACUCUUUGAAUCUGUAGUCUAGCUAGGCUUUGUUCAUUUAGACGGUAAUGGUGGUGCCAAGUUAGGCUGUUGCUAGUGGCAUGUGCGCUUGUGGAAUCAGACCUCUCUUCAUCCAUCGCACUGAGGCGUUCUUCAGUGAGUCGAAGCAGCAGGACCUGAAUUGGAUGGGAUCCUCACAGUUCUGACACCUUUCUAUUUUUGAGAUCUAUUUUGGGUGGAGAGCUGGGAAGUAUACCUACAUCUGAGGAAGGGAGUCUGAUACCUCUGUUUUCCUCAGAAUGAAAAUUGUAAAAAUGGCCCAAAGCAUCCCACUGGGGUUUGCUUCUAUAUUCUUAAUGUUUGGGGUUCCUUAUAUCAAUCUAGGGUAUUUGAGUGCUUGCUCUGUGAAGAGCACUAUACUGAGCACU